AUGGCUGCCAUUGACCGUGCGGGCGUCGCCCGCCAGGCUGACUCUCAAUCUCAAUUGCCCUCGCGAAAGGAUUCGCUGGCUGCUCAAGGGACACAAAGCCAAUCGCCAUAUUCCAACGUCCCUCAAGGCUCCUCCUUCAAGACGAACAUUUCACAGCAGAAUCUAGCCGACCCGACAGGACGCGAGACCCCUCCAGCAAUCUCAGCCAGUUCCAAGUUACAGGAAGAGUUGGAGAAUAUAGACGUCGCAGCUGUACUUCAGAGACACGAGGAGCUCCAGGCAAAAUAUAUCAAGGUGAAGAAAUAUUACUUUGAAAAAGAAGCGCAAGUUACUCAACUCCAAAACACCGUGGCUCACCAGCGAAUGGCCGUGUCUCGUACGGUCCUGGAUGACAAUGAGUAUGCUGCGCGAUUCAGUCGUCUUGAUGGCGCCAUCAAAGAAUUGUCGUUUUCCAUUCGCAAAGACUGGAAAACCGUCCCGGAUUGGCUGCACUCAUAUGUCAAUGAAGAUGCAGCAGCUGUCGGCACCAAAGAAAUGACUGGGGUUGGCCGAGCUGUGAUUUCUAGAUGGAUAGCUGAGGAGAUUUUUGAACGUUAUUUCCAUCCUGGUCUCGAGCGCACGUUUAGUGAGCGCCUCAAGACUAUCGAGUCGAACUUGCGUCGUCAACAAGUGCAGGCCAUCACAGACGAUGACAAGGAAAAUCAGGUCGCGCGCAUUUCCAAUUGGCGACGAACGACCUUGGAUGGACUGUCAGAUAUUCUACAGUCUCCAAUUAUGCAAGAGAACCAGGCUCAACUAGCGGACUACCUGGUGGAAAAGCUGUCUGCCACUUUACAAUGCGACUUGAAAGAGCCGUCUCCUCCGGAGCUUACACAUGGUGCUCGAACCAUUAUUCAAAACGCUAUUAAUAUCAUCGAAAAAAUCCCCCAAGAAGCUCGCGAUAUUGUCGUUGAUUACAUCGUCCCAGGCCUGCCUGUUUCUGAGAAUACAAUGAAAAUCGAGACAGGUCUUCCACCCUUAACUCGCCCGAUCUCUGGGGAAAUGCCACCUACAGAUCGCGGACGUGACAGCACAGAUGACAUGGAGGUAGAAAAAGAUCUAUCGAAUAACUCUCAAGGUGACCGGAGGAGCUCGCCUACUCCUACUCACAUUCCGCAAAACCGCGAGCAACGGAAGAAAUACCCUUUCGGCAAUUUGAUGAGCAAGAAGAGUAUGGCUUCUUCUACCACAAACCCGACGCAAUCAACCUCGUCAUCUCCGUCUGAUUCCCGCCCAGGGAACAACUCUGAUGGCACCACUGCCUCUAAGGAUCGGGAUGAGCAGCUAUCUCGUGUCCGAUUCGCCACGUUCAUGACGGUUGAAGUUCGCGGCAGAGGGCCAAACAACGUCCUCAUUCAAGCCCCAGUAUAUACAGUGGAAUCUUCUUGA